AUGACUGAGGAAUCGGCCACCCCAGCAAAAGACGCUCCCAACGACCCGGAUGCGAUGGAUGUUGAUGAGCCAGCUUCUGCUACUUCUGCUACUUCUGCAGCUCCGGCUCCUACUCCAACACAAUCCACUUCGCGUUCGCGUUCUAAACCAAAACCCACGGCUAACCCUAGCGGCGUCUCAGCCGGCGCAGCAUCCGCAGCAGCAGCUGUUGGAGCUGCAGGUGCUCCACUUGAGCCUGAGCCCUCUGCAUCCGAUUCUGCUUCUGGAUCUGGGACAGGUGGUACAAAUGCGGACGGGUCCGGUGGAACGGGUAGCGGAGCAAGCGGCACACCAGCCGUCGUGAAGCCUAAACGCGGCGGGUCCAAGCCAAUUCUUAAAGUGAGUGGGAUUGCCCGUGUCGACAACAAUCUUAAGCCUACACUAUUUUCCAGCACUACACAGAUUAAUCAGAAAAACUACUACACAGACUAUCUGCGUCGCGAUGAUCAAAUCAUGUACUACCGCGAAUGGAACGAGAGUCAGAAACGACAAAAGGAAGAAACAGCAAAAGCCAAGCAGCAACCAGAGGUCUUCAAUGUGGAUUCACACAAGGAUGAUCAGCAAGAUCUCCCAGCAGGUUCAAAGACAAUUGUCAUUCAUAUGGGCUCCCAAAAUAUUCGUGUGGGGCUUGCCAGCCACGCGUAUCCAAAAGUCUACCCCAAUGUCAUUGCGCACCGUCGGUCCACCCAGCAUCAACAACAACAAGAUGAACCAGGAUCCCUUAAAGACAAAAGAAUCCCUAACUUUUCUCCUGAAUAUCAGGCCAUGCUUGACGCCGAGCACGCAUAUGAAACAGGCAUAAGCUCUACCAAACCGCCCUCUGAACCCGACUCAUUUAUUAUGUUUGGCAGCGACUUUAAAAAGGCUCACGCCACAGCUUAUCGUGAUUUCCGCGAGCGAAUGCGCUUUUACAAACGUCGUGUUGUCCCAAAUUCACAUGAUCUUGUGGUUGGCUUUAAUCAACGUGCACGGUCCAAGCAAGAACUUAUUCCAGAUCAUAAUGACCCAGGUCGUAUCGAGUGGGUGGCUCCAGAUCAAGAAAGGUGGCCGCGCUCAAUUACUGGCCACCGUGCAUUGACAAUUGUUCCAGGGCUUUCUCAACCUCUUUCGGAAGAUACCAAUGAUUCCAAAUACCCUUAUACAUAUGAGCUCAAGUGGCCGAUCCGCCAUGGGCUUUUCAACGAAACUGAUUACGACAGUACCCAAGAACUUCUUGGAGAUAUUUCUCUUAUUCUCGUGGAUGCUUUGGAACGUGAGCUGGGAAUCACGUUUAAAAACUACCACGAAUAUAAUACUAUCUUUAUCAUUCCAGAUCUUUAUGUGCGCAGUUAUGUUGACAACAUGGUUGCACUGCUUCUCCAAAUGGGCCUCAACAGUGUGGCCAUUAUUCAGGAGAGCAUGGCUGCGACUUUUGGUGCUGGUGUAAGUACGGCGUGUGUCGUAGAUAUCGGCGCACAAACUGCAAGCGUCGCUUGUGUGGAAGAAGGUAUGAUUAUUCCAGACUCACGCGUUAACCUCAAGUUUGGUGGAGAAGAUGUCACAGUUGCUCUUACCAAACUGCUACUCAUGAGUUCUUUCCCCUUUCAAGAACUCAAUCUCGCCAAAGCUUACGAUUUCACUCUUGUGGAAGACCUCAAGUAUCGCUAUGCUACUACCAAUGAUGCAGAUAUUACUGUUCAGCUUUACGAUUUCAUAAGGCGUGAACCUAACAAACCGGCAAAAAAGUUUCAGUUCAAGGUUUUUGAAGAAGUUAUGCUUGCUCCACUGGGCUUUUUUUACCCUGAAAUGUUUGAUCAAAAGCAUAAACAGGAAGAAUGGUGCUCAAAACAGCGGCGGAUUUUGGCUAACAAGUACGAAACAAUACCUGCACAUGGCUCACUCUUCUCUCCAUCUCUCGACAUUUAUGACAUGACCCCAAACGAUCCAGAGAGUGCAGCUCAGGUGGCUAUUGCGCAUGCAAGACUUACAGUCAACAAUAUGCCUGUAGGUACCAGUGCGAAACCUCCAAGCAGCACGUCUGCAAAUUCUACGACGCGAAGCACCCCGGUAGUACCAGAUGCAGAAAAUUCAUCUUCUACACCUGGAAAUAACAAUGCAUUAUCAAACGAUUUUACAGAUGAGCCCAACCUUCCAGACGACCCCCUUCUAUAUGCUUUGACAGGACUUGAUCACGCCAUUAUAGAGAGCAUCACACAGGCUGCAUUGGCAAAAAUGCAAGCCGCUGGCCAACUCCCUCCCGGCAUUACUCUUGGAACUAGUAGCGCGAGUGGAACUGGAGGCGGCAGUGGAACUGGUGCACAAGGAUCGGGAGCGACAGGGACAACAUCGGCUGUUGCCGGCGGAGGUAGCGGUAGUGGCACAGGUAAUGGUGGUGGGGCCGUGGGAGGGGGGAGUGGGACGACAUCCGCUUCAGCCUCAGCUUCUACAACAUCUUCUAACGGGACAAGUCACCAUAAUCUCCCCGACCCACAAGUGGUUAUGACCAACCUCGGUAAUGCUGAGCGGGCCUUUUACGAGAACCUUUUGGUGGUGGGCGGAGCUGCAGCCAAAUUGCCUGGCUUCAACACGCUGUUAACCGACCGCAUCGGUAUGUGGCUAUCACACGCAGGCAAACCCAUUCCAGGCGAGAUCUCAGUCAUGCCUGCGCCGCGCGAAAUGGAUCCACAAGUGCUCACUUGGAAGGGUGGCGGUGUGUUUGCCAAACUUAAGAUUGUGAGCGAAUGCUGGGUCAGUGCCCACGAUUGGGAUAUGCUUGGAAAUAGAGCCUUGCAGUAUAAGACUCUAUUUGCGUAUUGA